CCGCAGAAUGGAGCAGCUCCGCGGGCGCGGUGGAGAGCAGGGUGGUCCUCUGCUCCGGGAGAGGGGGAAACCUAUGGUUAUGAGGGGUGGUGAGAAGAUAAUGACGGGCCUAGGGAACCCUUGUUUUCAGAAAUGACAGAGGAAUUGGCCAGGUGUCCUUUAAUUGAGAGCAGUCCCGGCUAGCUGACUUCAUGUGAAAGAUGGCUAAUGCGGAAGUGAGUGUCCCAGUGGGAGAUGUGGUUGUGGUACCCACUGAAGGAAAUGAAGGGGAGAACCCUGAAGACACUAAAACCCAAGUGAUCUUGCAGUUACAGCCUGUGCAGCAAGGGCUUUAUGAUGCUGGCUCGGAGAACAAUGCAGCAGUUGUAGCUGUAGAAACCCACACAAUACACAAAAUUGAAGAAGGAAUUGAUGCAGGUAGUAUAGAAGCGAAUGAGGACAUGGAAAUUGCGUACCCUAUAACCUGUGGAGAGAGCAAAGCCAUCCUCCUCUGGAAGAAGUUUGUGUGUCCAGGAAUAAAUGUCAAGUGCGUCAAGUUCAAUGAUCAAUUGAUCAGCCCCAAGCACUUUGUUCAUCUGGCUGGCAAGUCCACUCUGAAGGACUGGAAGAGAGCCAUCCGUCUAGGCGGCAUCAUGCUCAGGAAAAUGAUGGACUCUGGACAGAUCGAUUUUUACCAGCAUGACAAAGUUUGCUCCAAUACCUGCAGGAGCACCAAGUUCGACCUCCUCAUCAGCAGCGCGAGAGCCCCCGUGCCAGGCCAGCAGACAAGUGUGGUGCAGACCCCCACCUCGGCCGAUGGUAACAUCACACAGAUUGCCAUCUCAGAGGAGAGCAUGGAAGAGGCUGGGUUGGAGUGGAAUUCGGCUCUCACUGCCGCUGUCACCAUGGCCACAGAGGAGGGCAUCAAAAAAGAAUCGGAAGAAAUUUCAGAGGACACUUUGAUGUUCUGGAAAGGAAUAGCUGACGUGGGGUUGAUGGAGGAGGUCGUCUGUAAUAUCCAGAAGGAGAUAGAAGAGCUGCUCAGGGGCGUGCAGCAGCGCCUCCUCCAGGCUCCCUUCCAGGUCACAGAUGCUGCUGUUCUAAACAAUGUGGCACAUACAUUUGGCCUAAUGGACACAGUCAAGAGAGUUUUGGACAACAGACGGAAGCAAGUGGAGCAGGGAGAGGGCCAGUUUCUCUACACCCUGGCAGACUUGGAACGGCAGUUGGAAGAGCAAAAAAAGCAAGCCCAAGAUCCUAGACUGAAAUCCCAGACAGUUCAAAAUGUGGUACUAAUGCCUGUGAGCACCCCAAAGCCUCCGAAAAGACCCCGGCUCCAGCGGCCGGCCUCCACCACUGUCCUGAGUCCUUCUCCUGUCCAGCAGCCUCAGUUCACUGUCAUCUCGCCCAUCACCAUCACCCCCGUGGGGCAGUCCUUCUCCAUGGGCAAUAUUCCGGUGGCUACCCUCAGCCAGGGCUCCAGUCCUGUGACUGUCCACACGCUGCCUUCUGGCCCUCAGCUCUUCCGCUAUGCCACAGUGGUUUCCUCUGCCAAGAGCAGCUCACCAGACACAGUGACCAUCCACCCUUCAUCAAGCUUGGCACUGUUAAGCUCCACCACUAUGCAGGAUGGGAGUACCCUGGGCAAUAUGGCCACCAUGGUGAGCCCCGUGGAGUUGGUGGCCAUGGAGUCUGGCCUGACUUCAGCAAUCCAGGCUGUUGAAAGCACCUCGGAGGACGGGCAGACCAUCAUCGAGAUUGACCCGGCCCCAGACCCUGAGGCUGAAGACACUGAGGGCAAAGCGGUCAUCUUGGAGACAGAGCUGAGGACUGAGGAGAAAGUGGUGGCUGAGAUGGAAGAACACCAGCAUCAAGUCCACAAUGUGGAGAUUGUGGUCUUGGAGGACUAACUGGGGAUGGGGGCCGAGAGCUAUGUUUUGGUUUGGGAUUUUAAUUAUGUUUAUUUUUAUCAUUGUCCCACUCAUUUCCACAUAGAACCUUUUUUUUAAAAAAACAAACAAACUACAAAAUCUUGUUGUAACUGAAAAUGUUGGGUUCCUCCUAUCCCUUCACUGACAAAUGGACAGAACAAGCUACCUUUCCAGAAGUUAGGAACAGGUCAUCCGGUGUCCUACUCAUCUUCCCCCAAGGAAGGUAUUGCUUUUAGGGGAGGUGUCAAAGUACCAGGAACCCUUUUCAGAAUAGUCUGUUUGUAUACACAUGCAUGGUUUCACUCUUGUAAAGAUGCAUUGACCAAACUCUGGAACACAGACCUGACACCAGAAGACGACCAGCUCUCGCAUGGAUACAGAAAUGCACUUGCCUCUGUAUCCUGGAUAUGGCCUCAGAGGCCAAUGCAAAACUCUGAAACAAAAGGAAGUUGAACUCUGCUUAGAGCAGAGAGCAGCAUGUCAUCAGCAGCUUAAAACGGGAAGUCCUUUGACAAGGAGGGGGCAAGGAAUGAUCUUCCAGGGGUGCAUCUGAUGCCCCUCAAGCCCUUUGAGGGUUGGGUACCAUUUUGAGAAGAGGCCAGUGAUAUGCAGAAGGCCACACAGCAAUCAAGGGAUUGUCACAGCUGUGCUUUUGGGAUAGCUCACCUUGCCUCCAGCCUUGUCAAAGCGCUCGCCCUCCUCACUGAGGAUUAUUAGUCCAUUCCUUUGCAGACUGUGAUAUGGUGUAAAUUGCUCUAGUUCUUGGACUGUGGCUUUCAUGGGGUGGGGCUUCAAGGCCAUCCAUCAUAUUGGUUUCUUGACUCCAGGAAUAGCAGAGUUCCUCAUGCCGACCAGCUGCUAUUUCUGGGAGCCCUGCCUACAAGUGUGUGUGUGUGGUGUGGUGGUGUGUAUGUGUGUGUGUGUACAUAUUUGGCUUUGGAACCAAAAGCAGUCACUCACUUGGUGCUUCCCCUUCUCUUCAUCCUGCAGUCUCCAGAUCCCAUGCUCUGCAGCUUUUUGGCUGAUUUGGAGAACAGGGACAGGUGCCUGCCUGCGUCAUUCCCUGUGAGAGUCACUUCUGUUUAUGCCGCAGAUGCUUCUGGGAGAUACCGAGCUCAUAAAAAGGCUUAGGCUUGGCAGGGAAGACUGGAAACACCCCUAGCCUUUCCUGAGGCAUGGACUAGAUGUCUCCUGAGUGAGCAGGACUCCUGGGAAAGAAACUUUGUCUGUGACAACCGUCUGGGGUGAGGGCUUCUCCCCAAGUGCUGCUUGUCCAUUUAGACCCGGGUCACUUUCCACGUGUGAUCCUUUCUCUAGACCCUUUUCAGUGUUGGGGAAGAGUGGACAGUUUGUUUUCUUUAAUUAUAUUGCUUACUGUCCUAGAGAAAAUAUAGACACUCUACAGAUGACUUAAAGAAUAGCCAGAAAAGCACACAGCUUAGGAGUUGGGACAUUUAUUAUUUAUUAUUAAAAGUAAAAUUUUGACCUUAGUUUCUUAAAAACAAAUUAGAGAAGGAUGCCUACCUAAACCCGUCUUCCUACCUGCAGGUUUCAGAAACUAUAAUCAACUGAAAACGUCCUUCCAUCUCUUAGAUGGCCAUAUAUAGCCAGAGAAGCCCUCAGCUUUAAAGCUGGACUUUUCAGAACACUGAGUUGGGCUGGGGACAGAGCUCAUCUGGUAAAGAGCUCACCUAGCAUGCAUGAAACCCUAGCUUCAGUCUCCACCGUGAAGUCAACAGCCCAGGGGUGGGGCGGGGGAGCCUUUGAUCCUUGGAAAGUAGAGACAGGAGACUCAGAAAUUCAAGGUCAUUCUCAGCUCUCUAGCAAGUUCAAGACUAACCUGAGAUACAUAAAAUGCUGUCUCAAAACAAAAAUCUGUUUUGAGCAAGCUUUUGGUCCUUUAUACAUUUUUAGUGAAGGAACUGGAAUUUAUUUCCCUGCUUCCUUAGGUUUUCUGUUAAUACAUAAGAAUUUUUAUUACACUUAUUUAUGUGUGGUGUGUGUGUGCACACGUGUGCGUGUGUGCACGUGUGCGUGUGUGCACGUGUGUGCGCGUGUGAGUGUGUGUAUGUGUGUGUGUAUGUGCGUGUGAGUGUGGUGGAGAGCUUGCUGUGGUGUCUAUGUGGAGGUCAGAGAACAACCUGCAGGAAUCUCCUUCCAUCAUGUGUGUCCUGGGGAUUGAACUCAGGUUGCCAGGCUUCGUGGCAAGCACCCUCGUCCUCUGAGCCAUCUUGCCAGCCCUAAAAGUUCCAGGCUAAGUCUGAAACUAUUACUUGAACCUAGAAAGCCACAUCUCAUUCUUGUUGUGCUCUUUAGGUCAUUUUUCUUUCCCAGAGAUGAGAGGACCAAUUCAGGACAAGGGAGGAGCCCUAGAGAACAGAGACAGUCCUGCUCAGGUCCUUCCUUUUGCUCAUUACAGCUGUUGGAGAAUAAAGGUCUUGUGAGCACCAUGCUUCCAAAGUCAGAUGUCCUCUUGAGACAGAGCCUGUUUACUUUAAUCAUUCUGGCAGGUGGAUUACAUGAGUUUUGCUAUUUUACUGGUCUUCCAAAUGCUGUCAUUGCUAGCUGCUGUGGUACUCGUGAGGAAGAGAUCUCUCAGCCCUGGUCUAGAUUAUUUCAGAUGGGGUGAGACCCAUGCAAGUUACUGAUGUGUGAAUAGGCAGUUGCAAUGAAAUUACUCCUCAGGCUGACUUGAUGGUAGCUAUCUUUUCUCUAGCCAUUCAUUAAAUAAACAUUUGUAAGUACCAUGUA